AUGUUGUUGAGGAGUGUCCUCACGAAUCUCGUAUUAUCUAUGAUUUAUUUAAAAACAGCAGCCCAGUCAGCACUGUCACGGGCUUGGGAAGAGACUUUUCCAGGUCAGGUACCAUACUGGGAAAAAUACAAUACAGGACCACAUGGUGUUGUUAUUCGUGGCUGGCAAUUUAGUCGAUGUGCCAGCGAGCAGUGGACAAACUAUGUAGUGAAUGUUUCAAAUAUAGUCGUUUGGCCUGAUUAUCCACGAUUUCCUGGCCCCAUUUAUUUUAAUGUAACAAUGGAUGUUAGCGAAGAAUUACCACAAGAUAAAAUUGAAAUGGAUCUCGAGGUAAGGCAUGCAGUAACGAAUAAACAGGGAUCAAAAGGUUGGCAAGUAGUUCCAUGUCAGGGAUGGAAUAUCAUCGAUGGUUGUGAUGGUGUCGGCUCAUGUCGUUAUUGUAAUAUGCUAGACAAAUGUCGAGAAACGAUAAAAGCAGCGGAUAAAUAUGUAACAGAUCGUAAAGCUCAUGAAUUUAUUCGUCAAAACAAAUUAUGUCCACCACCAAAAGGACAUUGGACAAUGACAUUCAGCAAAGUUUUUACAACGGAUGAUUUGCCCAAGAGCUUCUUCGGCCCAUUACAAUCAAACGAGUACUGGUUAACGUUUUCAUUUUCUGAUACGAAAGAUAAGAAACUGGGAUGUGCACGAUUGUGGGUUGAUGUCUGCAAGUAUCAUUUACAGGAUAAACAACAAAAGUGUUUACGAGAUCCGAAUGCCUUCAAGAAUUUUAUCAAUGAAAUCAGUAGCCAAGCAGCUCAGAUCAGACAGCGGUCUGGAUCAUCAUCCUGA